CUAAUCAACAAGCUUAUUGCUUUUGGAAAAACAGAUACAAGGGAAAACAAAAAGGGGGAGAGAGAGUGAGAGCUGAGAAGUUUCCCACGCAAUGCUGAAGAGAACACAACCCCUUCUUCAAAGGUUCUUCAUUUUGUUCCUAUUAUGUAGCAUAAUUGCUUCUCCAGAAGCUGCAAAGCUUUUGCCAUCACCCGAGGCUACUGCUCUUCUGGGUUUUCAAAUGAAAGCAGAUUUGAGAAGCAACCUUAGAUUCUCUCAAAAUGCAAGCUUUCACUUUUGUGAUUGGCAAGGAGUCACAUGUUACGAGCAAAAAGUGGUACGUCUCAUUUUAGAAGAUCUAGAUCUUGGUGGCAUUUUCGCUCCCAACACAUUGUCCCACCUUGACCAACUCCGAGUCUUGAGUCUCCAAAACAACUCCCUCACCGGUCCAAUUCCUGAUCUCUCAGGGCUCAUCAACCUCAAAAGCCUCUUCCUUGAUCAUAACUUCUUCACUGGUUCUUUCCCUCCUUCAAUCCUUUCCCUUCACAGGAUAAGAACCCUUGAUUUGUCCUACAAUAAUAUCACUGGCCCCAUACCAAGCUCGUUAGCUUCUCUAGACCGGUUAUACUAUCUCCGGUUGGACUGGAAUCGGUUCAACGGAACGGUUCCUCCAUUGAACCAGUCUUCUCUUAAAACCUUCAGCAUUUCCGGGAACAAUCUCACUGGUGCAAUUCCAGUGACCCAGGCGUUGCUACGGUUUGGUUUCUCUUCUUUUUCAUGGAACCCUGGUCUUUGUGGGGAGAUUAUUCACAAAGAAUGUCAUCCAAGGCCCCACUUUUUUGGUCCCACGGCUGCUGUGGUGGCACCGCCGCCUGCGGUGGUUCUUGGUCAAAGUGUAGAAGUGCAUGGCGUGGAGUUGGCUCAACCAAGUGCAAAGAAGCACAAGAGAACUGCGGUUAUCAUAGGGUUUUCUACUGGGGUCUUUAUUCUUAUUGGUUCACUACUUUGCUUCGUCAUGGCGUUAAGGAGACAGAAAGAUAAAAAGCAAUCAACGGCUGUGAUCGAAUCUGACGAUGGGGCGACUACAGCACAAGUUGCAGCGGUGAUUCAAAUGGAGCAAGAGACUGAGUUAGAAGAGAAAGUGAAGAGAGUGCAAGGAAUGCAAGUUGCCAAGAGUGGGAACUUGAUAUUCUGUGCGGGUGAAGCGCAGUUGUAUACGCUGGACCAGCUGAUGAGAGCCUCAGCAGAGUUGCUUGGGAGGGGAACCAUGGGGACCACGUACAAGGCAGUACUUGAUAAUCGUCUGAUCGUGACGGUCAAGAGGCUUGAUGCUGGGAAAUUAGCAAGCACAACGAAGGAAACGUUUGAGCAGCACAUGGAAUCGGUUGGUGGUCUAAGGCACCCCAAUUUGGUGCCUCUGAGGGCUUAUUUCCAGGCCAAAGAAGAGAGGCUUCUUGUCUAUGAUUAUCAGCCCAACGGCAGCCUCCUCUCCCUCAUUCACGGAUCGAAAUCAACAAGGGCUAAGCCACUCCACUGGACCUCGUGCUUGAAAAUAGCGGAGGACGUAGCACAGGGCCUCUCCUACAUCCACCAAGCAUGGAGGCUCGUCCAUGGCAAUCUCAAGUCCUCCAACGUCCUUCUUGGCCCCGACUUCGAGGCCUGUAUCUCCGACUACUGCCUGGCAGCCCUUGUCUUGACUUCCGCACCCGAUGAAGACCCCGAUUCCAUCGCAUGCAAACCUCCGGAGACUCGCAAUUCAAACCACGAGGCAACAUCAAAAUCGGAUGUUUUUGCAUUCGGGGUUUUGCUGUUAGAGCUCUUGACAGGAAAGCCUCCCUCGCAGCACCCGUUUUUGGCGCCAGAGGAGAUGAUGCAUUGGCUUAGGUCUUGUAGGGAAGACGAUGGGGGGGAUGAUGAGAGGCUAGGGAUGCUUCUUGAAGUGGCCAUUGCUUGUAGUACGAGCUCCCCGGAGCAAAGGCCGACGAUGUGGCAAGUGUUGAAGAUGUUACAGGAGAUUAAAGAAGCUGUAUUAAUGGAGGAUGGUGAAUUGGACCCACAUUAUGGGAUGUCUUAAUUUUAUGUUGUUCCGGAUAUUUAAUAGUUUGAGUAAUAUGCAUAGAGGAAAAAGAAAUAUUUAUUUAUUUAUACUGCAUGAAUAUGAUAACAAAAGCAAUUUGCUGCAUUUCUUUUC